AUGCCCGAUCUCCGUCGUCAAGUGCUCGAGAGCGGCAAAACCAUCUCGCGCAAAGCGGCCUCUCGUGAAGGCUCUCGCCGCACAUCCCGCACCAACUCCGCUCAAAAUUCUCGCCAUUCCUCCCGAAACGCCAGCAGACAGGCGUCCGACGACGAGGAUGCCGGUUAUCUCAGCGAUGAAACCGCGAUGAGUAUUGGCUCCCUGGAUGACCUCACCGACAACCCCGACGCCGACAACCACAACUGGACGCAGGAGCUUAUCGAUGUCGUCCAAGACAUCCUCGACCGCAAACGCAGCAGUGUCCUUAGUCGCGAAGAGAGCUACGCCGCCUUCUGCCGCCUCGCAAAAUGCCACUAUAUCGAAGAGAAUAUCCGCCGCAGCAUGAGCGACUUGAUGGCUGCCUUCUGCCGUAGCAUCCGACAGGAGACCAGCGUGCGCGAGACGACGCUCGCCCUGCGCGCGCUCGAGCUCCUCGCCAUCACCGCUUUCGACGACACCAUCUACGAGAACGUCGAGCCUGUCCUCACGCGCGCCAUCCGCGACUCGACCUCGCACCCGGUCAAGGCGGCCGCCAUCCACGCCCUCGGCGCCUGCACCAUCUUCGGCGGCGCCGGCGAGGACGCCAUCAUGGACCAGAUGACCUUCUUCCUGGACAUCGCCGCGUCGGACGGGCAGUCCAUCGACGCCGCCGACGACGCAGGCUGCGUGACGGCCGCGCUACAGGAGUGGGGCGUGCUGGCGGUGGAGAUUGAGGAUCUCGAGGGCGAAAGCGAGGACGCGGUGCAGAUCUUCAUGGACCAGCUAGACAGCGGCGAGGCGGCGGUUCAGAUCGCCGCCGGCGAGAACAUCGCCCUGCUCUACGAGAAGAGCUACACGCCGCAAGAAGACGACGAGGCGUCCUCCGACGAGGACCAGCACCAAGGCUCCGGCGCGGGCGCCGACUCGGACGACGAGCUGGACGGCCGCCCGGCCGACGGGCCCCGCCUCAUCAAGCGCUACAACGCCUACCACAACACGCACGAGCUGGAGCGCCAGCUGCAGGCGCUCGCCACCGUGCACGGCAAGCGCAUCAGCAAGCGCGACAAGAAAAACCUGCACAGCAACUUCGCCUCCAUCCUCACCACCGUCGAGAACCCGCGCCGCGGCCCCAUGGCGUCAUGA